AUGACCAUAUCCCCUGGGACGUAUAUUAUUUGCGAUACUGAUUCAGAUAAGGUCAUUGAUUACUAUAGUGGCUCUAGCCGAAUCGGAACGUGGGAUUGCCAUUAUGGAGAGAAUCAAAGAAUAAAGCCAUAUCCCGGAACCUCUGGGUAUGCCAUCCAAAAUGCUAUGACGAGCAAGUAUAUUCCGACCAAAACAGAUGGGUCGUAUAUGAAUGGCGUUGGCGAGGACAACUGCGGCAUAUUUACCUUGGAGCGUCAGUUCAAGGGAUUUUAUCUAAUAAAACUGAUGGGUACAAGCACACACCUAAAUCACCCGUAUACAGAACUGGAUGGCCCCUAUUUCCCAGUAGGAUUUACGGACAAGGCAGUCCCCCUAGGUUGUUUCUGGGAGCUCGAUAAAAUUAGUGAUGAUGUCGGCAGUAUCCUUAAACCAAGACGCAACAUUUCUGCACAUGUACUCUCACCAUCUCAACCGACUACCCCCCCUUCACAGGGCCUAGGGCCAUAUAUAGAUGAAGCGCACUUAUAUACCGAUAUGUUGUUUAACAUGCCUAGACAACCUUUCACUCGAGUCCAGCGGAUUGCGGCACUUGAUUGGGCACGAAAACUGGGAGCAAUCAACGUUCCGACGAUUGAAUCUUUUGACGAGUGCGAGAGGCGAUUGGAAGCUGCGUUGGGGAGCAAUAAUAAUUUAGGUCGGCAUCGAGCGACUAGUGCACCCUUCCCACUACCGGACCCGCUACCAGAUUUCUCUCUCGAGAAUGCUCGCACUAGAGAUUAUAUUUAUGUAAACAAGACUUUGCGAUACCCAUACUAUCAGACUAUGGCGCAUCAGCCUUUAUCACCCAACAAUUGGAUUGAGCUUUCAGCUUCGUAUGAGUGGUACCUUGCUGAAAAGAAGCGCGUUAUUGAGGAGCAAGGCAAAAAGGUUAUCGACUCUUUGCCAGAAAAUGACGCUGCUUGUGGAGAACUCCUAGAGUUGGUGGUGGAGUUUAUGACUACACGAUAUCCUACACUUUUUGAUCGUUUAACUGAGACUAUGCAAGAUGGGAAGGAACUCGAUGGGGUGUAUAGUCAUGUUACGAAGGAGCGCUACCAAUGGGUUAAAAGUUGCCCUCCUGAGGGUGUGGAAGGGCUGAAAAUCAUUAGCCGGCUCACUGAGAAUGACUUCUCUAUGGCUCGUGAGCGUGAAGAUGGACACAUAUACUUUGUUGGAGGUCUAGUUGCAUUCCCCGGGUCAUAUCUUUUGUCGGAAAAAAUCGGUAAAUCUAUGCACGAUGUCCAUGUACCAGUACCCCAUUUCAAUCAAAAGCUCCUCGUAUCCGUAGAAAGGGCACUAAAGCGUAUGGACCCAAGCGCUCCGUUUGAGCGAUCAAGUUGGGAGAUCGUGGAUGAUAAUAAUUUGUUCACUCAUAAUAUCGCCCAACUUCCGGAAGGCGGAAAGUGUACUGUUGACCCAGGAGAUAUGUACCUGCGUGUUGAUCGACAGGUGCUCCGGAAGCUCCCUCGCUCGGGGGUUAUAGCAUUCACGGCUCAUCCCAUCAUCAAAAGAAUGCGUGACAUCAAACAAGAUAGUCCGCUUGUUCCCGCCCUACUUGCCAAAAUUCUUGAAGAAUCACCCAAGGAUCUCACAGACUACAAGAAUGCACCAAUAUAUUACGCAGAGCUUAAGCCCUGGCUUGAAGAAGCUACAAAAGACCAGAUCUCAAGAGGUUUGAUAAAAGGGGACGAAAAACCCCAGGACUUCAGACAUAUUCCCCGUCCAGUAGACAUACUUGUCCCACCUGUGGCAGUUCCCUGA